CGCACUCAACUCAAGCACAGUCACUACGUUCGGUACAGCGUGUUCACAGCUCGGACUUUGCCGUUGCAUUUCUUUUGGCUCUCCAGCUUGUUCAAAGCUUGUGUUGGCCUGUAUAGUUUGUACUGGCCAUAGCAAGCAUUACUCUGUUGCCAACUGUUAGCGAAGCGCUAGUCAACGUUCUGGUUUGCUGUCAGCGACGCGCAACGCACGCCAACCCCGGCCUUCUUUGAGGCCAACAUAGCAGAUGCGUGAAAGAGCCCGAAGCGCAAGUCGGUCGCGAAGGGAUGAGCGGCGGACGUCACAGUCGGUCCGGGGCUCCCACGACUCCCAGUCCGCAGCGGGGAACCUCAGCCCUGGGCGGCACCAUGGGCGGCGAGAGAGCGGCGGCGGCGGCUUCUUCAAAAACCUCUUUGGCAGCCGUAGACACCGGGACCAGUCCCCACAGCCAUACCCAACCGGCUACCCGGGCGAGCAGUACGACCCCGGCAUGAUGCCGCCGCCCCUGCCCCCACCCCCGGCGCCCGCUUCCUCCUCCCCAGCCUCGAAGCUCAAAGCCCUCCUCAGCUUUGCUCCGACACGCAACGCCAGCCCCGGCCGCGGCGGCAACGUGCCGCCGCCGCCACCAGGCAUGGGGCCGCCUGGGUUGGGGCCCGUGGACAUGCCGCGCGCCGCGACGGAUGACAUGCAGAUCAAGAACCUGCAGCACCAGAUGCAGCUGAUGCAGGCCCAGAUGCAGGACUACCAGACCAUCAAGACGCAGCUGCUGCAGGAGCAGCGGCAGGCGCAGGAGUGGCGCGAGAAGUGGAACUUCCAGGACCUGAAACUGAACCUGAUGGUGGAUAUGCUGGUGCUGAGGGUGCUGGAGCUGGAGCAGCCCGGCGUGUACGCAGCAGGGGGCGGGGCAGCCGGACAACCGCAGGGCCGAUAGGCGGUAGGCGGCAGCUGCUGGGCAUGUCGGCGGGAUUGAAGGCGUGGCGUGCGGCCUGCGCGGGGCGCGGGAUGCCGUGGGGCCUGUGCGGACGCUCGGGGCCGGUAAGGCUGUGGCAACGCAGCCGUUGUGGGCUCCCAUGGGAGCGCGUAAGGGUGGGAACGGCAGGUGGGGGUGUGGCGAGGCUGUCGCCGUGGGCUGCAGCGGCAUACAGACGCGGUGCCUAUGGGCUCGCGGAAGGAGCACGGGCGUGUGCCGUGUGGGGUACAGUACACAGACGGUGCGGUCGCAUAUGCGCAUGGGGGUGGUCAUGCAGUGACUGGCCUGGCCUGGUUCGGACUGGGAGUGGUGGCGUCCAGGCGAGGCCAGUUGUGUACCUUACGCGACAGGUCAAGGCAUUGAGGCCGGACAGCUGAAUGAGACAGGCUACUUAGCUGGGCGGCGGCGACGGGAAACUGGAAGGGCGGUCCAGAAAGCAAACAGUGGCAUGCAGAGGCACGAUGUAAAGGAAAGAUGUACCAUACGCGACACUUGCCAACUUGCAAACGUGUAACUGGACAAUUGG